ACUGUCGCGCUAUAUAUAACUGCAGUCCGCGCACCCACAGCGCAUAGUCAACUCUGUUAGCUUCAACAACAAACAAUUCUCAAUAUGUUCAAACUGUUCUUUGUGCUGUCUGCUGUGCUUGCCUGCAGCUUGGUGGAGGCCAAGCCAGCGGUGCUUGUGGAUGCUGCGCCAGCUGUGGUAACGGCCACCAGUUCGCAGUAUGUGGCACGCAACUUUAAUGGAGUUGCCACCGCGCCUGUUGUUGCGGCCGCUUAUACCGCUCCCGUUGCUGCUGCCGCUUAUACCGCUCCCGUUGCUGCUGCUUAUACCGCUCCCAUUGCCACCGCUGCCUACACCGCGCCAGUUGCUGCUGCCUACUCUGCUUAUCCUUAUGCCAGCUAUCCCUACAGCGCUGCUUACACCACAUACUUGUAAAUCUUACAAGUGAUACACGGCUUCGAUCUAUGCUUGAAAAAUAAAAUACAAAAGCUUCACGGAAUUUGCUGAUUGUUUCUCUUGAAGCUAAAAAUGUUUCUCAAAUUUUGGAAUUUUAUUUAAAAUAUGUGAAGCCUUAGGCAAUUUAUUGUGAGUUGUCGCUUUGAGUUUGGUCUA